AUGGAGAUUGUGAAUGUUGGAACUACUGUUCUAAUUUUGAUUUUGAUUUUACUUCAACACAGUGGUGAAUGGAUAAGUGAAAGUAAAUUUAUUAAUUUCCUUUUUAAUGGCGUGCUGAUCAAUUCAGGAUAUAGCUAUGAGUAUUUUAUUGAUGAGAUAUACAAGCAAUUGGAUAUAGAUUCAAUUACAAGUGCGAUGGAGAUAAAAUAUAAAGUGAAGGAUGGCUAUAUAGCAAUUUCAAUAUACAAUGAUAUGGGUGUGCGCUUGUAUAUGGAGAUGAAAAAGAAAAACCUGGAUAUCACUGAAUAUCCAUUAUGCAUAACGUUGAAAACUUUGUAUUUAAGUGCUAAAUGCUCAUAUUCAAGUUCAUACUUGGGUGGCAACUUACUCGUAACAACUCCAGCUGGUUUACUAUGUCAGAACGUAGAAGAAGUACACGGAACUAAUAUUGUUGAGAUGAUGGAUAAUCAUGGAAAAGAAGACAAAUUUGAAAUAAUGAAGGGAAAUUGUAUAAUAGACAAUCUACAACAUGAAGAAAUUGCAGAAGUGGUUGACGGGACAUUCCUCAAAUCAUCACACAGGGGAACAAUGUUAACAGCUAGCGCACAAAAUGCGGCAGGUAAAAUUUUUCCAUUAGCAUAUGCUGUUGUCGAUUCUGAAAAUGAUACUUCCUGGGAAUGGUUUUUUGAAAUGUUUAGACAGGCUUUUGGGGAAAGAGAAAGCAUGUGCAUCGUAUCCGUUCAUCAUGCAAGCAUAUUGAGGGGUGCUUCAAUUGUGUAUCCAGAGGUAUCUCACUGUGUAUGCAUCUUUCAUCUUUGGAAUAACAUAAAGAAGCAGUUCAAGAAGAACCAUGACCGGCUGAGAGAAGUUUUUUUUUUUGCAAUGGCCAGAGCAUACAAAAUUGAAGAUUUUAAUCACCUCAUGCAAGAUAUGGACAGCAUUGAUAAGAGGGUAAGGGGUUACCUGUUCCAAGUUGGUUUUGAAAAAUGGUCCAUAGCGCAUUCCACUGUUAAUAGAUCCAUGGCGAUGACUUCAAAUAUUAUCGAGUCACUCAAUGCAAGAAACAGAGAGGCAAGAGAGCUACCAAUCAUGAGUUUGCUAGAUUACAUGAUGAAUUUGGUUAUGGAAUGGAAUAAUACAAAUAGAAUGACUGUAAUGAGUACAUUUACUGGCCUAGAAAAAAAAUAUAACGAAGUACUGAAGGAAAAUAACUAUUUGUCGCAGAAGAUGACGGUGAGGCCUUCAACCGAUUAUGUAUAUGUAGUAAUAGAUGCUGAACAAAGGCGGAACAUAGUAUGCUUGCAAAAAAGAGAAUGCUCGUGUAAACAAUUUCAAGUGGAUGAGAUUCCUUGUCCAUAUGCUAUGGCAGUAUUGGACUAUACACACAUAGAAGCACCCAAAUAUUGUUCUUCCUAUUACACCAACCAAUACUUUAAGAAGACAUAUGAAGUGCCAGUUAAUCCACUUCCAGAUGAAACUACAUGGGACCUUCCAACAGAAGUGUUAGAUAAUGUGGUGCUACCACCGAUAGUAAAGGAAAAAUCAGGAAGACCGACGAAGUCGCGACGCAAGGGACUUUAUGAAUAUCUGUAUACUGAAACAGUUACCCGUGGACUGUGUGGAAAAUAA